GCGGUUGUGCGGCGUGAGCGUGACGGGAGGGGGCGGCGCGCGGCCGGAAGUGCCCCGCGGCGGGAGCGCGCAGCGGAACCCCAAUGCACGGGAGCCCCUCUGGGAGGGGAGCCGCCCCGAGCCGCGGCGGAGCGGGGCCAGGAGCCGGGUGUCCGCCCCAGCUCUUAAAUUAGCUGUUUGUUGGCACUUGACAACUGUAGAUAACCAAGACGAUGGCUGCCAGCAAGAACAAGAACCAGAGUUCUAUGGCCCUGCACAAAGUAAUCAUGGUUGGCAGUGGAGGCGUGGGCAAAUCAGCACUUACACUUCAGUUCAUGUAUGAUGAGUUUGUAGAAGACUAUGAACCUACGAAGGCUGACAGUUAUAGAAAGAAAGUAGUUCUGGAUGGGGAUGAAUUCCAGAUAGACAUUCUGGAUACAGCGGGACAGGAGGAUUAUGCAGCUAUUCGAGACAACUACUUCCGCAGUGGGGAGGGAUUUCUCCUUGUCUUCUCAAUAACCGAAUACGAAUCCUUUACAGCAACAGCAGAGUUAAGGGAACAGAUCCUGCGUGUGAAGGCUGAAGAGGACAAAAUCCCGUUGCUUGUGGUGGGAAAUAAAUCUGACCUGGAAGAGCGGAGGCAGGUGCCUGUGGAGGAGGCCAGAAGUAAAGCAGAGGAGUGGGGUGUGCAGUAUGUAGAAACUUCUGCCAAAACUAGAGCAAAUGUAGAUAAGGUAUUCUUUGAUCUAAUGAGGGAAAUCAGAGCAAAGAAAAUGUCAGAAAACAAAGACAAGAACGGGAAGAAAAGUGGCAAGAGCAAGAAAAGUUUUAAAGAAAGAUGUUGUUUACUGUGAUCCUUAGGACCUAUAAAUAUCUACAGAUGGAACGAAUAAGAUUUACUACUAAGGAUAUAGGGCUGGAUUCAUGAAAGGAAGUUUGUAUUGACUCCCUAUGCUAUUUUUAUUCACUUACCGCCUUUUUAAAAUGAAAAAAAUUAAUUUGUGAACCAUUAGUCAACAGAAAUUUGAGCCUAUGUACACUGAAAUGGGCUCACCUUGCCAGCAACUUUCAAAGCUAGAAUUUUACCAGCAAAUAUGGUUCUUUGGGCAUUUUAUUUGUCUGAUUGCAGGAAAUAAUUCCAUGUCAUGUCAAGUAGCUUCUUGAUGUCUUUUCAGAUCUGAUCUCCCCCUCCCCCAACCUGUAUUAGCCUCACCAAACAUCUCUGGCUGUCUUUUUAAGUUCAGCCACAUUUUUCAGUGUCUGUGCACUCGCUGACUUUGUCAUUUUUGUAUUAAUAAUAAUUAUAGACAAACCAAUACCUGGCAAGACUUUGAGGUUCUCACAGUCUUUAAGUGGCUGUUGAUAUUUUUUCAGACUAUCAGAAGUCUACUUGAAUACCAACAUUUGAAGAUUUGGGAGUUGUCAUUCAAAAGCAAAUUAGCUAUGUCUGUUUGAUUAUGAGUCAAUGCAGCAUUCAUGAAUCGAGCCUGACUGAAAUCAGACUUUGUUUGGUAAUGCAACAUUUAGUAUUUAAAUACUGGUUAGUUGUCUUCCCAAUUGGCUCGUUUCCUCUCAAGUUUUUUUUUUUUUUUUUAAACAGAACAAAACAAAAAGCAAUUAUUUGUUGGGUGGGUAAGUGACCUAAAACAAUAGUGUUUAUUUUUUUUAGAAAGGAAACAAAUUGGCACUGAUUUAAAAAAACAAACCCCAAAAUUUGUAGCAUUCUGUAUUGAGGCUAGACUCAUACAGUCGCUUCUAUUUCAUCUGCUCUUUACUCCCCUUUUCCUCAAAAUCAUUAUCUUAACUGUUUAAAGUGCAGAUUGUCUAUUUUGUUACAUUGUAAUACAUGUAUUCAUGUCAUGGAGAUGUGAAAACUACUGCAUCUCUGCUUUCUGUUUUGUUUAAGAGAAACUUUUUUUUUCUUUUUGGGAAAGGACAUAGGCCACCGAUCACAAAACUAUGCAAGUGGAACCAGUGUGAGGCUUUUGUGCUACCUCGCAAUUUGACACAGUUACUUGGCUAAUAAGUAAGUUGCUAAAUGUCAGAAACAAAGCUGAAAUGAAGUUAGGCAACUGUCCUAUAUUAUGUUACUUGCCGUUAAUUUUUACUGUACUGUUCUUCUGCACAUUUAUCUAAAAUAUGAAGACAUUUUUUCUGAGUUUCGCUGUCAAAGCUGCAGUUGUUGAAGUUAGUCCUAAAUGAUCAGCUACAUUAGAAUAGAAAUAGGGGAAAUAUAUGCGAAACAUAUUUAGCAGUUCUUGUCUCUGUGUCAGACGUAUUUCACUUAAAUACCUUUUGCAACUUAAUGGUGUCAAUCAAGUUCUGUUGCCAAAAAUAUGUAUUUCCAUCUUGUUGCUGUAGCAGAGAUUGUCAACCUUUAUAAUUAUCCUGCUUCUGGAAUACAUUUUGUACAGUUUCCCAAUGAAUCCUAGAAAAACUCCUGUUUGAAUUUUAAAAAAGUAGACAAAUAUAUUAUCUGAAAACUAAUCAUUUUUCAACUUGUCAUCUGAUUUGUGACUUCAUAUACAGCUACAAUGAGAAAGGAAUAAGAUGUGGAAAGGAGCAGUGUAGUGAAGGGUAUCUAAGCACUAAACAAACUAGUAUCGUUAGCUCAAUCUUUAAAUGAGUGGGAGAAGUGCAGAGGCAGGAAGGGCUUAAUUCAAAAUUUAAUAAAGUAUCUAGGCUUGGCAGAAUUUGAUUCUUUUUUUAUAAUUUUGACAUCGAUUAUUUUUAAGCAUUUUUUAUUAUCUAUUUUAAAUGUUCACAGUUGCUGGAAUUUAUGGGGAGCAGGUCAGGCACUAAUUAUUUAGUGACACUGAGAUUCAAAAAAGUUAGUUUUUUAACCAGACACAAAUUGUCAACAUCACAUGUUAAAAUUUACAAAAUAAAUAUCUUUGUCACAUUCUGAUAAGUUCUCAAGCAGCAUUUUUCUUUGUCUGCCUCUCUGUAAAUUUUGAUGAUCAUCAAUGGAAAUAUUUUUUCAUUUGUUUGUGCUUGUGUCGUGACAUCAACACUUACCAAUAAAAAUCUAAUUCUUCCAAGCCUGAACAUAGCUAACAUCUAGGAUUACUGAAACCUAUUCUUCUUAUCAGAUGUGCUAGAUUGCUGCUCUUGUGCAUUCCACUUGGAGAUUUGAAAAGGAAAAUAAAUAUGCAGUGGAAAAUAAAUAUGCACCCUUAUGAGACUGAGGUCUUGUAUGGAGUUCUGCGUUUCCUUUCCCAUUAAUUCAUUGUCAUCCACAUCUUGAUUUUACUAUUUGUCAAGCGACAUAUCGGCAUGGGAGAAUCAUGUAUUAAAUCAAGGGUGCUGUAAUCUGUUUUAUUGUUAGGUUAAAUUCCUGUAUAGUUCUAGGCAGGCCAUUUUUUCUACCCAUAAAAGUUUGAAAAUGUUAGCCUUUAGAACUGGACAAUAAGGGUCAGAAUGGCACUACAAAGCUAGCUUGAUUAUAGAGCAUAGAAACAUGAAAAUGUAGGAGCCAUUUGGCUCUUAAAAUAUCUGUAAACAAGGUUGUUAUUUUUUUAUCUAAACCCUGUGCAAGAGCACUGGGUGUAGUUAGAUGUUAUAUAACUUAAAGGGAUGCAAUUGGGUGAGAUGUUAUAACACGUUUCUUUACAGUGUCACUCAUAGUGUGUUAAAUGCUUAAACUUUUCAUUUUUAAUAGUCUGACUUUUUCAUUGACUGUCCACUCUUUGCAUUUCUUGAUCUGAAAAAUGAAUAUAGUCUAGUCAGUUUUACUUCUGUUUAUAGUCUCUCUAUACAAGUCCCUUUCAAAUUCUCCUGGGUAAGCACAAUGCUUCAGUGUUUGUACUGAAAAUAUAGCAUGUAAAUCUUCAUUCUUGGAAGAAACUGUUCUCACUGGAGUUUUAGAAAGAUUGAUGGGAACACAGGUAUUGGUAAGUUGUUUAAGUAACAUAUGUAUUUUUGGUCCAAAUCUCUCUUCCUAACCUCACUUUAAAAUCUUACAUUCUUACAAGUCUAAGUGCAGCUAUCAUGCUGACCUCUGGUAUUCUUUAAUAGCAUUGAGAGGAGAAACAAGCACAUAAAAUAUGCCUAAAUCAAGGUUUACUGGAGUGUAAGAUUUAAUUAGAAAGUGAUUCAAGUUGCUCACAAAUCAGAGUGCACUCGGCAAGGGUCUCAAACAGGCAGCUCACUUAGAACUGAUGUAGAAGCGAGUAUGUAUGUUGAGCUAAUACCCAAAGAUCCCAUUAAUCUUUUUAGAAAUUUUGCAGUAUUUGAUAAGAGAGACUUUUAAAAACAAAAUGGAUGAGUUGUUCUUGCACGAGGCAUACCAGUGUGUUGUAAUCCCCCAUCAGACUUACUGGAGAGAGAGCAGCACUUAUUCGUAACGUAGAAUGAGGACGGUGACUCUCAACAGUAGUAAGAAAUGAUUUUGUCCUUUUGAGUUAAACUUGCUUCUGAGGAGGAUGCUUAGCAGGUUUAUGUUCUUUACUCAUUAACACUUUUUUCUAAACAUCACAGCAUUUGCAUCAGUGGAGCAGAAGGCUUAAGAGCACAUUCUGUUAGAGCUUUCAGUGUGUUCUCUCUUUUCCAAAACCAAAAAGUCACUUAAGAACUUGAUACGGCAGCUUUUCAGUUUUAGCUUUCAGUUAUGACAAAUGCAGAAAAGAAAACUUUCGUGGAAGUCUCUUAGUUCAGUGGCUGUGAACAAGGUAGCUACCUUGAUUCAAACAAAAUUACAUAAGUGAGCAACAUUUCUCUUUGGAAAUACUUGUGUGAAGAACUACUAGUCUGAUUUUAAUAUACCAGGCAAUAAAGUGUACCCCUGGCCUGGAAGUUGCAUGGAGGUGAUGCAUUCAACCCCUUGUCUUGGGACAUGCCUUACACUUCAGCUGUUCUCUGUCUUCCCAAGCAGAGGGAGUUCCAGAGUGGCCACAAGUGAUUUCCAGUUCUGCUUGGCUGGAGGUACAUUAGCUCUACAGAGGAUUGUUAAGACUUCAGUAGUAAUUAAGGGGUGGAGGAAAGAAAUAUGGCUUCUUGUCAUGGGGCUUUAAGAAGGGGCUGAAGGCAACUUUAAUUUCUGAACUGUUCCAAGUUUAGAUGAGCAAUCAUAAUUCAAGUGUGGAAAGUGAAGAGAACUUGGUAGGCUAGCAAACAAUUAUAUCCUCCUACCCGUGUGAAUUAAAGCAAUUGAAGGUUAUACACCUGCAGGUUUUGAAGGUCAGGUUAAAGCAGGGUUGGGAUCACAGGAAAAAACUCUCCCAUCAGAUUAGAAUGGCAGAGCUUUCCAAUGAUUAUCUGCACUCCUUAAAAUAUGGAUGCAUAGAACAAGUAUUUGUGAAAUCGAUGGGAGCCUGAUAGUCAUGUAGGAGAAGAAUGCCAGAAGAACUUGAAUAUAUUACUAUUGCAAAAUGUGAUUUUAAAUAUUAAAAUUGGGGGGUAACUGGAUGGCAUGGGAAUGGGGAUACACAAUCUUUCCUUUGCUGAUGGUCCCAAUAUAGUCCACUUCAGUAGAGAGUGUGGUUACACUCUGAAGGCUGUCUACCACGUCAGAGGUUUCAUUUCUAGUCUGUGUAGACAGUUAUCCACAGGGCAACCUACCAGCACCCUUGGAUCCUGUCUCUGAAAGGUGCCAAGGAUUAAAUGUGUAUGGAAACUGACCUGACCUCUCAUCCUUGGAGGGGAUCUCUCCAGGUCAGGUUGAUACAUUGAUAAAACAAAGUGGAGAGAAGCUUUCACUGUUGCUAUCCAUUACAUACUUGUUCUGUGGAUGGAUAUAUAUUGGAUAUGUUAAUCUAACAUCUGAGAGCACCCUGGACAAAUUCACAUGAGGUUUGUUUGAGUCCGUGGGAAGAAGCACACCUACAUAUUUACUGGGCAUUAUAUGUUGAUAUGACUUCAAUAGCAGCCAAUAAAAGUUCCCUUCUACCCUGUAAAGUUGUUUGCUAUGCAUUUUAGAAUAGAAUCAAAUUAAAAUAACCUUGGGUAUUAAAAUUGCAAAGCAUGAAUCUUCUUUCACAUGUAAUAGAGGGUAAUUCCAUGUAAUACCAAACUACACAACACACCAUCAUGUUAAAUCCAUUUUAAAAAGAAAGUUUAAACAAAAUUAUGAGUUAGUGGUUUUGAGAAGAGCCAACAGAAUUAUUUUACAAUGCCUAACUUCCUCCUACCCCCCAUGAAUGGCUAUCCAACACAUUAAAGUGGUGAGGAAAGUGGUUUUAUAAUAGCAAUUGACAUAUGGGACUUGAUUCUGUUACAUAGUUUGUCUGGGCUUUUAAAUCAAGGUUCAGGCCUAUGGUUCAUUCUAAUAGCACUUCCACUGUAAUCUUCAGACUGCACAGGAAUAACAGGAGUUAAUUUUGGGAUGAAAAAGGAAAGUGAAUGUCCCUUUCAGUGGAGCCCCAAGAACUAUGUUUACCAUAAUGAAGUGAUACUAAUGACAGGAAGGAUUAAAAAGAAAUUGCCUUUUUAAAGUAUGUAUGUUGUGCUACACAGUGUAAGUUCUACUUUUCUUCUGUAGAUCAAGAAAAGCUUUGCUCUCAAAUGUUGCGCAAACAUUUCUUCUUCAUAAAAAUGUAUUUUAGCCAUUUUGUAUUCAUUAUCCUGCUAAUCCAACUGAUUUGUAUUACUGUUAAUAAAAAAGAGAGAAAUAGGUACAAUA